CCGCCGGCCCCCGCAGCCUCCCGCCCCGAGGAUCGCGCCGAGGGGGGGAGCCGCCUGAAGGACCGCGACGGCUGCGCCAGCAGCACCCCGUGGACGUUAGAGACCCUCCCAGAUAAGUUGCAUUGUCUCCUGUCCUGAUAACCCUUUACGUCACCUGCAUGUCAGCAUGGCAGCCACAAACCUGGAGAACCAGUUACACAGUGCACAGAAGAACCUCUUGUUUCUUCAGCGGGAGCACGCAAGCACGCUCAAGGGGCUGCACGCGGAGAUCAGGCGGCUGCAGCAACAUUGCACAGAUUUAACAUAUGAGCUGACAGUCAAGAGUUCGGAUCAAACAGGGGACGGAGCUUCCAGAAGUAGUGAACUCAAGAAAAGAUGUGAAGACCUGGAGGCGCAGCUGAAACUGAAGGAGGACGAGAACACGGAGUUGCUGAAGGAGCUGGAGCAGAAGAACGCGAUGAUCACCGUGCUGGAGAACACCAUCAAGGAACGCGAGCGCAAGUACCUGGAGGAGCUGAAGGUCAAGAGCCACAAGCUGGGCGUGCUGACCAGCGAGCUGGAGCAGCGCGCCGGCACCAUCGCCUACCUGACCUCGCAGCUGCACGCCACCAAGAGGAAGCUCCUGAGCUCGGGCGGCACCUCGGACGGCAGCCCGGCCGGCAGCCCCGCGCUGACCAGCUACAAGCCGGCGCCGCCCAAGGACAGGCUGCCCGAGACGCCCCGGCGCCGCAUGAAGAAGAGCCUCUCGGCCCCGCUGCACCCGGAGUUCGAGGAGGUCUACAGAUUCGGGGCCGAGAGCCGGAAACUGCUGCUGCGGGAGCCGGUGGACGCCAUGCCGGACCCCACCCCAUUUCUGCUGGCCAGGGAGUCGGCCGAGGUCCACCUGAUCAAGGAGCGGCCCCUCGUCAUCCCCCCCAUAGCCUCGGACCGCAGCGCCGGCGAGCAGCCCAGCCCGGCGCGCGAGAAGCCGCACAAGGCGCACGUGGGCGUGGCGCACCGCAUCCACCAUGUGGCCCCGGCGCAGGCCCCGCCCGAGGUGGAGACGCUGGCGGUGGACCAGGUGAACGGAGGCAAGGUGGUCAGGAAGCACUCAGGGACGGACAGAACUGUGUGAGCGCCCCACCCCACCCCUGGUGACCCUCCACCCCGCUGUCGAGGCACUGUGAUCACCACUAGGAAAACACUCCAUCCGCACCUCCUCUUUUGCUUUGUCUUUUUUUUUAAUUCCCAUGCAUGCCAAAUUUUUUUCACACUGUCAACAGAUUAUUCUCCUCCUGCUCCUCCUCUGGCCCUCUGACUUGACACCGUAACAGGAUCUUGCCUCUGCCGCAGAAUCCGUAUUUACUAAUCGCUGAGGCCAAACACCUGCGUGCCCACUCGCUUGCUUCCAGCCCCGCUCCGCGGAACCUCCGCGCACGCGCGCGCACGCGCACAGCACGGGCCACCGGCCGCGUUCCUGCUCGACGUUAACGAAAUUAUCCGAUAGUCACACGCCUAAUUCUAAAGUCGGAGCAACGCAUAUCGGCCUUGACCUCACGCCUCCGGUUUGGGGCGGCCUUUCCGGAAAAGCCCUGCGCCCUCCUGGAGAACCCCCUGACACACCCACCCCGGGGCGGCACAGAUAAACCGAGCAGAUGUAUGUCACAGGAACUAAAUAAGAUGACAUUACUCCUCAUAUCACCACGACCUGAAUGUGUGUUCAUAUUUUUUGUUGUUUUAUCCAAAAUGUUCAAGAUCCUAACAAACUUUAUUUUCUAA